UUUUAUUUUUGUUGACAACUAUGUAUGUGUGUGACACAUCUCACACUUUUGUCGUGGUUAUGUAUUUAAUGUAAAACUUGUAAAAUAAUUGUUAAACCCAAACCAAUGACACUAUCACUUACUAUAUAUAAUAGCUGCCAGUUGAAGAAGCAACACUUUGCAAAGCUAAAUGCGCGCUUAGUUAUUUGUUGCCAUAGCUGAAGUGAGGAAUGGAAAAGGAAUGAAAAAAGGACAAUGAAUAGUGAACUUGACCUUCAAAAAAGAAAAGAAAUGUGAGUAGGGGUGCAGUCGUAGGUUGAGUCGUAGUAAGCAAGCGAACAACAAAACUACAAAUUGCUGAAAAAAAAAGAAAAAAAGUACAUAUAUUUUUUUUUUAAUGCGACACGUGAUCCUUCCUGUAGCUGUACUUGCCUAUAGCAAAGUGUCAAACGAAGUUUUCGUUUUCAACACAUUUUUUUUUGUAUUUGUUUUCCCUACCCGUGGAUUUUUUCGAUGAACUCUGCCAACUGUGGGUAACAAUCUGUAUUUAUGGAAAUCUAAGAAAAUUUUAAUUAUGUAUGCGGCUAUUCAAGAAUAAAAUUAUUUACCAAGCCAGUUUGUUAUAAAAAUAAUAGUGUAUAUUCUUUGACUGGAAUCAGUCAACUUCUGAAAUCUGUAUGGGACCCAGAAAAUCAAUUGACAGCUAAUGAUAAAAUUAUGAUCUGGCUUCGAAAACGCAGAUUUAUCAGAAGAAUAUCAUUGUGGGCUCUAAAAACGACGUUAUGUAUAUUUUUGGUUUUAUUUGUUAUUAUUCCUGUUGUAUUUAAAUACACAUACCCGUUGCAGAGGAGUGUGAUAUUUCUUAACUUUGUAAAUUAUCCAUGGAACACAGACUUGAAAAACCCAAGCAAGUUUGGUUUAAAUGGUAUCAGAAACUUUUACAUCAAAACUGAAGACAACAUUGAAAUAGGUGUAUGGCACAUCUUACCUGCUUCUCUCCGCAACUCAAGCAGAGAAAAAAAUAACAGCUUCUACGAAGAUGCCUUGGCCAGUGACAAACCAGUGGUUUUGUACUUGCACGGGAAUUCUGGCUCUCGUGCGAGCGGACAUCGUGUCGAAUUGUAUCAGCUGCUGUCCAACCUUGGCUACCAUGUCAUUGCUAUUGACUACAGAAGUUAUGGAGAUUCGACGAAUGUUGCUCCUUCCGAAAUUGGUGUGGUGAAUGAUGCCAUGACUGCAUACAAAUGGACAAUCCAGAGAUCAAAGGGUGCCCCUUUUUUCGUGUGGGGACAUUCUUUAGGCACAGGAGUGGCAUCACACAUGCUGGAUCUCCUGUCUCGACAAGGAAUACAUGCCAACGGCCUUGUGCUGGAGGCACCGUUCACGAAUCUUCGAGACGAGCUGCAGUUGCAUCCCUUUGCAAAUCUUUUCAGGCAUUUGCCGUGGUUUGAAUACUGCAUUGUGGAUCCCAUUGGGUACAACCAAUUGCUGUUUGAAAAUGAUAAACACCUGAAGAAAGUGCAUUGCAGAAUACUUAUUCUGCAUGCGGAAGACGAUAGGAUUAUUCCCUUCAAAUUAGGAAAAGCUCUGUUUAACAAACUCUCUUUGGAACACCCCACUGGUGUGAAGCUAGUUCAGUUCGAUAAGAAGAAUGGGUUAGGACACAAGUGGAUUUGUCGGGCGCCAGAGCUGCCUGCUGUGUUGAAGCAGUUCGUCAAAGGUGAAAUGAAAUAGAGGAAUGAACAGGCAUCAUUUCUCGGCUGUCUCUACAUCAUAUGCACAGCGUUUGUCGUAAAUCAGCUAGUCACAUUUUAUAAAUGACUUUAUUAACAGUGUUGUGUUUGUAUGGGAAAUUUUAUUUUCAAGAUUUGCAUAGUCCUUUGCUGGUAUGGCAUAUGUCAAAAAAAAAUAAUCAUUGACAUCAAAUUGUCCCCAUUGCAAGAAUCAUUCAAAGAACAUAUUUUGUUUGUAUUAUAUGAAAUCGCAUAUUACCAGCUCUUGGGCACAGUGCAAUGCAAAGUUGUAUAUCACCAGAGUUGUUUUAAUGUUUUCAAACUGUGUUAGCCAUUUAUGUUACCUACUAUUUAUUGAAUUUAUUAAUUAAAAUAUAUCAGGGAUAUACAAAGUAAAAUUUCUAAAAGCACAUAUUGAUAUUUGUGCAAAAUAAUUUUAACCUAAUGCAGUGAUAUCAAAACAAGUAUUAGAAAAUUUUAUGUUUGGAUUAAAUUAAAAUUUUUUUAAUAAGUUUAUUGAGUUUAUGAACAGUUUUAGUUAGGAGUUUAGUGGAUGUUAAUCUAAGUUGCUAAUAAUACUCUCAGUUCUAUUUUUUCUUUAUUUAGUAACUAAAAUAUAAGAUAUUUUAAUAUUUAAAUUUUAAUGAAAUUUAAUUUAUUUAUGAUCUUUACCUUUAAACAACGCUUGUGAGAUUUACUUUACGCUUUAUUUAGCACCUGUACGGUACUCUGCAAUCAUCAAUGACCCGGGACAAUAGGACAAUGCCCACCACAGCUUACUAACUUUGUAGACUAAAAUAUCCCACAUACCACACUCCUCCACCACUUAUUAUUUCACUUGGUUUUUACAUACUGACUAAAACACUUAUGGAUAUCACAAUAAAUACAUUUGUUUAGCACAUUCCACCAUUAAAUGCAGUAUACAGAAACUAUAAAGUCAUACGAAAUUAAUAUGAACUACUAAACAUUUAUCACCUUUCUUGGGACUCGUAAUUCGCUUCUGGUAACGAUAGGGCCCGUCAAAGUCUUCAUUGUAUAUAGUUGUUUUAACACCACGUGCAUUUGAAUCCAACAUGGGGUGAGUUUUUUCUUAUCUCUUGUUUGCCUUGUACAGUCAGGUUUACUAAGCCUACUUCACUUUCACUAUUAGUGUCACUGUCCUAAGCUUCUCUCUCUGUCUGUUAUGCAAUGGUAUUCUACAUCUUCUCCAUCAUUUGCUUGGUGAGUUUUAUGACAUGUCGGUGUACAAUACCAUUUGCCCCUUUGUCCUUGUUGGUUAUUAAGCACCCAUCUUCUUUACACCUGUUGCCCACUCUUCCCCCUUAUGGGAAUAGACCUUAUAGUGGACAAGACUGCCAGUGGGGAACAACACCAUGCGACGUGAAAAAGGCAGAGCUGAAGACUGUAAUUUGCAUUUCUCAACAUCUGUAGACACUGGAGGUACUAGGAACGACAACUUUUUGCGAAUGGUUCUACCAAACAUUUUUGACUAGGUGUUUUACCAGUAACUGAGAGGGGUGUUUUGCAAUUACCUAACAGAAACCUAGGAAGAUCAAGUUUGAGAGGUGUCUUAAUGUGCAGGAGAGCUUUAAGUUUAUGUUUGAAGGUCUUUAGCAAGUUUCUGAAAGUCCAUUAGUAGAUGGAUGUUAUGGCAGCAAAAAUGUAUGCUUGAUUCCAUUUUGCAUGCCUAAAUGAGAAAACUCCUCUGAACAAAACUACGUUCCAUUGUCAGACACAAGGUGUUUGGGGAGACCAAAAAUAGCAAACCAAAUGCGGAGCUUAACCAGAAUUGCAUCUGAUGUGAUAUUUGGCAACUCACAGAUUUCUGACCACUUGGAGUAUCUGUCGACAGGGACUAAGAUGAAUUUUCCUCUUAGGACCUACAAUAUCAACAUGCACCCAUUUCCAUGGAAUACAAGGCCAAGUCCUCAGCAACAAAACUGACUUUUCAGGCAUAGGUUUUCCUUGCAUACAUGUAGUACAAUUUUUUAACCAAAUUCUCCAAAUCUGCAUCUAUUUUAGUUUACCAAACAUACAAACCUGCCAACACUUUCAUUUGACAAUUUCUGAUAUUAUUUGUGUGGAGCUCCUGUAGGACAUGUUCACUUAGACAACCAAGACAACCCAAUGGCCCCACAGCAAGCAACCCUUCUCAAGUGCAAGCCCUGCUCUGGCCAGCCAUACUGAACUAUCCGAGUUACUCUGUUGAGAUGGACAUCUCUCUCAGUAGCCAAUUGAAUUUCAGUUGGAGUUACUAGCAAAAAUUAGCAGCGCCAAUGUGUAAAUAUGAAAACUUAUUCAGAUUCCUCCUGGGAAGUGUGCUGCAAAUUUGAAAUAGUUGGCACAAAUUUAUUUUUAACCUAAAUACCCUAAUAUAAAUUUUGUUAGCUCAUUGUUCAUCCUGAUCAAAUCUUUCCUACUAGAGUCCUGCAACUUUUUCCCAGCGCCGCAACUGAGAAACUGGUGUGAUUUCGCCAGGCAAGUAUUAGACCUCUUUAUCCUUCCCACCUCGGGCCACGAACGCGACCAGUAACAGUGUCCGACUUUGUGACCAAGAGUGCUUUUCUCAGCGUCCUCCCAGGUCAGCUCUCUUCCCAGAGCACAGCUUAGGUUAGCAGCUCCAAUCAUGCCCCAUUCUAAUGUUUCAGGGCUGUCGGGCAUGUAUAGGCACUCGCCCUAACACUUUUCCUUCGAGCCAGCAAAUUCCCCCCUUCCAUAUUUUCCAUGAACUCCAGCCAGGGCACUGACCGGGUCUUUAACCUCCGCUCCUGGCGAGCCUAUUCUCGCUGGCCAGCGAAAGGCCUGCCUUCGCCAUCUCGCGGCGAAAAUGACAACCACUUAACUUUAGCUCCGCUAACUCUAGCAGCCGCCAUCACACCUUUCUCUAGUUCCCUUUUAGCCCGACAGAGUGCGAACGAGCUGGUCCCAUAAGUGCCAGGCUUACUCUAGUCCCUCUUGCUGGACUUUCGUGAACUAACCCCGAGUCUGUUUCACCUACAAUCCAACAGAGCGUGCUGCUUUCAGCGCGAGUGACCUCCAAUGCCCCUUAAUUUAAGCUACUAGCCACCUUGGUUAUUUUCUUUUUGUCAGUCACUGUGGUCAUUUCGUUUCGGGUGUUUCUCGCUGACGUCUCUAUUUGAAACCAGUCUCGUCGCGACUAACUUAAGGGAUGUGAUCCCAUGUAGUCCGGUAGUGAUACCUAGUUUUUUUAGUUUUGCUAGUCACUUUAGUUUGGAUUACUAGUUAAUCUCGUAGCAUGACUAGUGCAUGGCUACCGCGAGCACUUGUGCAGCUUCAAAGGGAGUGAUUUUCUUCAUUCUACCCCCAGAAUGGUAAGUGGAUGAUUCUACGCCCUUUUGCCUAUAGUUGGCUCCCCACUUAGCUUUUCUCGAUUCAUGUUGCUUGUCUAUUUAAUUCCUAUUCUUGACCACUGGAUACCUUUUUUUUUAUGGUUCCAGUGGGGUCCAAAAGAUGGUGCAAGAGUUCAGGUUUUUCUGCGGCUCAAGCCUAUCACGAAAUUCAACUAAAUUUACAUGCUGGCUUCUUACUUGGACAUGAAUUCUACGCGUCUCUCCCGCUUCUAGUCGCCGCCAGUGAACAGUCAAUGAUCAGAUAUUGUGAAAUUAGAAUAUACAUACAUAGUCCCACACUUUUUGGGCUAACAAAUGUUUAACUUUAAAUAUGUUAGUUAAAUUAUUAAUGUUAGUUUUUGUGAAAGCUUGAUAAUGUUAAAGGAAAAUGUUGGAUUUAUAUUCCAGGUAAAAUUAAUAAUCUGUUUGUAAUUGAUAAGUACUGAUGGCCGGGGCCCCCCCAAAUUAAAUUUGAUCUGUGUAUUUUUGUAAAUCAUGAAACAACCAAAAGGAAAUAAUGAAAACUAUAAUGAACAUUAAAAAACAGUAAGCUUUAAGCAAACUUCUUUUUUUUUAUUUAUUAAUUCAAAUACGAUAUCCAUUUUCUAUUUCCUAUUGUGAGAAGUAAAUUUCCUUUUUUAAUGUUUCUCCCUUGUGUAACUCUGAGUAUACUGUAGUUUCUUUAACCCACUUAAAGCAGUUUCCAGGGCUUUUAUAACAAAAUAAAUAUAAAGCUUUCUUUAACUACACAAGGGCAGUAACAGAAGGAAGAGGCAAUCGAGAAAGACCAUCAGCAUUGCCAUAUAGUGUAUUUUACAUAUUUCAUAACAUAAUCAAACCCUUCCAACAAAACCGCCGCUAAUUGGUGAAAGCCUGAAUGUUCACCAAGGAGGUGAACAAUAGGUUAAUGGUCAGUCACCAGUGAAAACCUAUGCCCAAACAGAUUUUGGAAAAUUUUUUACCUCAAAGACGAUUGCUAAAGCUUCUCUGUUCAACUGUGAAUAUUUAAUAUCUCUUUUCUGCCACCGACGGAGAGUGAGACACAAAAGCAAUAGGAAAUACAUGACUUAUAACAGCCCCUACUCAAUAAGGUUAAGUAUCUCAUAUCAACUUAACAGGCAAUACAGGAUCAUAAUUACUUGAAGACAUCAGUUUUUUAAGAUUUACGAAAGCACCAUGAAAAUCAGGAGACCAAAUUCAUGUACAGUAAUUUUUUAGUAGUUCGUGCUGGGUACUAACAUUGUUGACAAAUUUGGCAAAAAAUUUGCAUUAUAAUUUAUCAGUCCUAACCAGGCUCUCAAUUAUGUGACAUCUUUUGGGUUUGAGGCCUCAACUAUAGCUUACACCUUGUCACUGCAUACAUGCAACCUUCACUGUCAACAGUAUGGCCCGAGAACAACAGACUUUUGAAAAAACUUCAAAAAAAUUUUUGUUUACCUUUAAACCACUGUCAUUUAGCUGCUGCAGCAACUCUUGCAGGAUUUGUUUAUGUUUCUCCUUGGACUGACCUGUUACAAGGAUGUCAUCUUGGAAACAGACCACUCCAUCUAGAUCUUGUUUAACUUGCUCCAUGGUCUUUUGAGAAAUGGCAAAACAUGAUGUUAUGCCAAAUGGAAGUCGACUGUAGUGGAAAAGACCCCAAUGUGUGUUACUCAUGCACAACUCUCAUGAACUAGGGGCUAACAGCAACUCCUGAAAAACUUGCGACAAGUCAGUUGUGGAAAAGUCUAUUCCCCCUUGCAACUGGCAAAAUAAUUCUUCAACACGUGGGAGCGGGUAAUGCUCUACAACUAAAAAAAAAAAAAAAAAACCUGUAAUCUUGAAACAUGCACAUAUGUUAACACUGCAUCACAUUUUUUAUCAACACCAUUGGAGUUACCUGCUCACUGAAGUCUACUGGGUGGAAAAUACCCAAUGUUAGUAGUCGGUCCAGCUCCACAUCAACCUUGCUUUUGAGCGCAAAUCAGGAGACCUGGCAGGCAACAAUUUUGAAACAGCCUUGUCUACCAGAUACAACGAAACUGGACCACUGAAAAAUUCCCCAAAUCACCAUAAAACAAAGAUGAAAAUGUCUUCAAUAGGUUGUCAAGUUCCGAAGUCACAGUUUCUUGUUGAACAUUGAGUCAUGGUCUUGGCAGAUCUAAUGCUUGAUACCAAUAUCUACAAAGUAGAAAUUAUGUGCACUGGAAACUUAAUUGUGUCCUUUCAACCUUGCACUUGACCGGAAACUUAAUUAAACCACACUGGCUAAUAAGCUCACCAGUGUAUGAUUUUAAGUGGAUUGCAGGUUGUUCCUUAAUGAACUCUCAAAAAUUGUUCUAUUAGCUUAUCUCAGAUAUUAAAUAAAUAGCCACACCACUGUCAAUCUUCAUUUCUAACUUAACAUUUCCAAUCAUCAUCGGUAACACCCACGGUCUCCUACUAGACUCAAUUAACAGAUAUAGUAAUGCAAAUUCAUCCUUAUGAGGUUUGUUUACAUUAUCAUUAUCCUCAUUAAAAAUAUAUUUAUGGAACAUUGCCUCACCUCUUUUUCCAGCAACUAGGUUAGGGCACAUUAUCAUAAGAUUCUUAGCGCAAUUACGGCUGUGAUACUUCGAAAAGACAGUUUUCUUCUAAUUUACCUUCUUUACCACAAAACAUGCAGGGGCUGGGGAAAGCCAAACUGUGUUUUGUAGCGCACCUGAUAGUCUGUAGACUUCCCUGAUGGCCUUGUGAGACAGAUUUGUCGUUUUUACCACACCCUUGGAUGCAGGGGCACAACAACAGGGGGGAGCAAGGGUAUUUGCCCCCCCCCCUCUCUGAAACCUUUAAGUGGGGGCAAACGGGCAAAGAAAGUGCUGUCCAAUCAAUUUUUAGAUAAUAAAACUGCUUAAAUAGCACCAUUUUCCACCUUGAAAUACAAAUUUUCCCGGGGGAGGACCCCCGGACCCCCAGCUUCAAUAGGGGGGAUAGAUGAUUCUUUAUAAAAAGGUAUAUUGCCCCCCCUUUGGAAAUUUAGUUGUUGCGCCCCUGCUUGCAUGUGCAUUUUAAACAUGUGGACUUCUUCUUGCAAGGCCUUGCCUUCUUUUCCUGCAUCUGUUUUAGGGCCUGCGUACCCCAUUGCAGCUUUGUACCUAGUUUCCAAACUUACUGCCUUUUCAAAGGUUAGGUCAUCUGCCUCAAGAUACAACUUUUGAGUUAUGUCUUUUUCUUUUAAACUGACCACAAACUGAUUAACGCAAAGCAUUGUCCAUAAAAGUACAGAACUACAGAAUAAAAAAAAAAAAGUACGCUUUCAUUACAACAAAAUCUGAAACCAUUUCAUUUUCCCGCUGCAAUCAUUGGUGAAAAGAAUGGUGCUCUGCAAUAACAGAAAGUUUCAAUGUAAAGUGUCUUAAUGAAAUGGCAACAAGUUCUCCAUAACUUUGUUCUUGAGUAUUUUUUUUUUUGGUACUGAUAAAUUAAGUAACACUUUGUAUAUCUCCAUUCCCACUGAAGACAUGAAUAAAUGCUCUCUGGUUUGCACUGUUAUUUUUGGUAUCCCCAACACCAUUAGCAAUAAAUUUUAGCUCAAGUCUCUCCAUGUAUAAUUCCCAUGAAUCCGGGUCUGGAAUACAACCUUCACACUUGAAACCAGACCAAACACCCCCCCCCCCCCCCUAACUCAACUGUUUCCAGCCUAUGGCUGGGUCAACCAAGUAAAAUGCCUCCAUUUUCCUUUCUCCUUCCACCAUUUCUCAUUCUUCACUUUAUUCCAGUUUUCUGCUGCUCUCUUCUGCACUCCUUUAUUUGCUUUUCCCAUCUCCUCCUUGGUCUUUCUUGAGGUCUUCUUCAUGUGUACUUCAACGCCAUCAUUUUCAUAGGCAGCCUCUCUUUUCUCAUUCUCUGGACAUGGCCAUACCAUUCUAACUUUUUCAAUGAUGUUAUUCAAGUCCUGUAUUCCUGCUCUUGCUUGAACUAUCUCAUUCCUGAACCUGUCUUGCCUUGUAACUGACAACAUACUCCUCAUAAACUUCAUUUCUAUUGCUCUGAUCUUCCCAGCAUCUCUCUUAUUUACAGUCCAAGUCUCUGCUCCAUAAGUGACUACGGGCACAAAGUAGGGAUUGUACAACACUCGUUUGCACAAUUUUUUUUAUAUUUUGUAUUUGAGUUAUUUGAAACAUCCUAUAAUUUAAAUUAGUACAAAAUUUUAACUCAAAAUUUUUUUAUUUACUUUCAAAAGUAUUUUAUAUUAACUGCAUCAGUAUUGUGAAUGUUAAAUGCACAUAUAAUUAAACCUACAAAAUUACAAAUUACGAAAUGGCCAACCAACCAAUUUGAACAUGACCUAUAUGCUAUAUCUAAAAAAAUCAAAAUAAAUUUUUCCCCUAACACAUUAAUAAUUUUAAAUAUUGCUAACCAAAUAAAUACUAUGAAAUGUACUAUUAUAAUCAAUAGAAACUAAUUAAACACAAAAUUUAAUUUAUUAAAUAAGGAACAACUUAUGGUAUGUUUACAGGACAUGUAUAGGAGGCAGAAAUUUCAGUGGACAUAGUACAGCAUAUACACUGGAUCCCUGUUAUGUGGAAUGCUUUAUUGGCAACAUAGCACAUUAUAUCUAAGAAGUAGAAGUGCAUGCAAGCAUUGGUUGUAGCGGAGUAUGUGUUGUGUUUUGUAGUAUUUUGCAGUUUGUGUAUGUGCUGUACUAUGCCAGACAGCAAGCUAGACUAUACACCACAUUGCUGUGCAGACCACCAAAUACGUAGGGUGAACUGUUGUAUGUGUUUACACAGCUAGAUUGUAGAACAGUGGUUAGAGUUUACUGUGUUGAUAUGGCAUUUCAAUGACAGGGAUCCAAUGUAUCUCAUUGCACACAGUAACAGCUCUUAAGCGUAAAAAGAAGUAUUUUAGGACCUAUGUUCAGUGAAAUUUCUGCCACAUCUACAUGUUCUUCAUUUGUACCAAAAUAUUUAUGUGUAUUUUAGAUACAGCCGUUUCAUUUUGGCAAAUAUUAAUCAGUUUAACCGUUCACCAUACAUUGCUAGUAAAUAUCAUAUUUGAAAUGAAUAUGUAAUACUUAUAAAAGCUAAUUUGUGUGUAGGAACAGCAUUUGUUUUUACUUUAAAUAUUUGAAUUGUAUACUGCCUGUUCUUGUUCCAAUACCUUCCUUCAACCAUUGUGCAUGACACUAUGUUCUAUUUUUUUGUUAUUAUUUUUUUAUCUUGUAUUUAUUACAAUUGGCAGAAAUUGUUCCGAUCAAAUCAUAUACAGUCUACAUGUUCUAAAAAAAAACUGUUUUCGUGAUAGUGAAAUUGAAGAGAAAAGAUGGCUGUGUAAUAGCAAUUUGAGAAUAUUUAUCCAAAAUAAUUUUGAAAGGGACCAAUUGAUGUUAAAAUUUUCUGUGAUUAAUACAAUAUAAUGUUUGUUGUCUGUGGUUUUGGUGAUUUAUCAUGAAUGAUGAUAUUUAGCAUAAAAUAUAAUCAUGUAUGUGUGAACAUAGUUUUGAGUUUAAAUUUUUUAUGGUUUAUUUAAAAUGUUAUGUAGGAUAUAAUUAUGUGAUAUUUAUUCAGUGUUUACAUUUAAUUUUUAGUUACAUUUACAGAUAUAUGUGUAUGCAGUGUGUUAAUACAAGUAUUUUUAAAGCAUACUAUAGCAAGAAGUGCAUUGUGGCUUGAUCACAGUUAGACAUAUAAGGAAGUUAUUGGUUUUAUGGCUUUCUGUUUGGUUGGAUUUAUAAACUACGCAAGCGACGCAGUAUUGCAAUAAAGAAAAAUGUAACCAAUGCAAUUAAAUCAUCGAAGUUUAUAAAGCACGAAUGUCGCAAGACGUCACCAACCCUAUAACUUUAAACUGUCAAUACUUUGAUUUGAAAGUUAUUUUCUUUAAAACAUAAAAACAUGAUGUACUAGAUACUAAUCAAAACAACAUUGUUGUCUUCUAUGCACAUAACAUCUGUGUCUUUAAAGUUUUCAGUACACUUCACUUCAAAUGUGAAAGGCGGAAACGCAAGCCGAAACCCAAGAAUUUUAAAUUUGGUCGAUGCUUGCAUUGCAUUUUUGCGUCUUGUAUAGUUUAUAAUGCAGCUUUACAACAGUGGUGUAAAGAUAAUAAAAAUGGCCUUGCAAUGUAUUCAGUGUUUGUCUUGCCAAUGAUGAUCACUUGUUGGAUACCAAUUGGGCAUACAUGUUUCAUAUAUUGUUUACUUGUUUAGUAAUGUGGUGAUGGCUACAAAGUUCUAGUCUUCCUAAUUUUUUUCAAUGUUUUCUUUCAACAUAUUAAACAUUUUUUUUUUGUGAUUACACAGCGUCUUCAAGUACUUUAACUUUACUUAAGUAUAACUAUUUUUGUUACUGGACAAUUUCAUUUCAGAAAAUCAUUUGUUUAGAAAUCUACACCCAACCUCAUUUCUUAACAAACAGCACAAACUCUGUAAUCAUUGAACUACAAUCCACUAAAUGCUAAAGAACAAUCUGUAAAAUAUUUUUAGUUAUACAUUGUAUUUUGUAAUUCAUGUGUGGCUUUAUGAUGUAGCUGGGCUGUACCAGGGUGGCUACUCGGCCAUGUACAUCGGGAAACCUUGAAUUAGCCAUGAAUUUUUUGUUGCUGGGAAAUCUGUGGGAAACUCAUGAAUUUUUUAAAGAUAUUGGGAAUAUCUGUGUAUCUAGUAAGUUGCAAGGAGCUUAGUUUGAAACAGCAUGCCCAACAUGCCACUCAAAGUAGAAUCAUUGUGAUGCUCAUUUUUUUUGUGUGUAAAGUGUGCAGUUCUAAUGAAAACUAAAAUUGUAAUGAUGUUUUCUAAACAAAACUACAAAAUUAAGUUUAGGAAAACCCCUUUUUUCACAGACGUAGUAUAACCUCACAGGAAUACAUUUAAAAUUAAUGUUACUGUUUAUUUUAUAUAUUAAAUAUAUAAAAAAAUAGUACAAAAUGGUUUAUUUGGUUUUAUUAACUUUGCUGUAACCAACAUAGUAAUAUUUCAUGAAAUUUCUUAGAAAACCUUUAAAAAUCAUGGGGGAAAAUACCUGUAAUUUGGUUUUGCCAUAAGAUUAGCCACCAUAUGUACAUUUUACAGUUUAAAUUAUUUCAUAUGGGAAAAAAUAUUCUUAUUAUUAAAAUCAUGUGUAUGUGGUUUGCUAAUGCCACCCAUUUAAGUAUCUGCUGUUUCAUAUUAAUUCAAACCAAACAAAUUUUAAGAUAUUGCUUUAUAAUUUUACAGGCAAUACUCAUUAUUUCUUCAAAUUAUUCUAGUCAUAUAUUGUCUUUUGAAAUUGUUUUUAUAGUUAUAUUUUUACUAGCACAAUGAUAAUUCGUAAUACAUGAUUUUAUGUUGAUGAAAGAAAGAUGUGCUUUUGAUUGUUGGGGGAUAUGUUUAUUGUUUAUUAGGCACAACUGAAUUUAAACAAAACUUUUACUUGGCCAGGCUUUUAAUAAACUUGUGCUUUAUAUUUUGUGAAUUAGCAACACAAGCUCAUUUACGUGCUCGCACAUUCAGUAGAACCCCGAUUUUACACUACCUCAUUUUACAUUUUCCUGUUAUUUGCACCAGUUUAUUUCAGGCCCGUUUUAAUCUUAUCUAAUGUAAUGCAAUACAUUCCCGUUGAUUACACCGUGCCUAUAAUCUGCUUCCUGCAAUUUACGCGGUUUGUUUAUGCUAUACCUAUAUAAAUUCAUUAUUCCCGUGUUUGUCAUAGACAUCUUACCUAUUAAGAUAUCACUAUUGUGUGAAAUACUAAAUCAAAAAUGCUAUUGGGAACACUAGCUCUAUAGCUCUUUAAUUUUUCAAAAUGCAUUUUCAUUAAAAACGGUAUUAAUAGGCUGCCAACACUGGCCUAAUAAAGGCAGACUUCGAGAAAAUGUUAGCAUGUGACGCUGUUGCUACAGUUUAUAGGAAUUCCUACUGUUCAUCACUAACUUAUACAUUCAGGAUUACAUACUGUAUACAUUUCCGGUAUUAAAUCUUUGUAAACGUAUGUUAAGAAUAACUUGGUCGGUGACAAAUAAUAUUGUGAAUAAGAGAAAAGGUUGGUUUUUUCCUGUGAGUAAUUGACUGCGUUUUUAUCUGUACAUAUUUUAACAAGAUGGCAGCGUGUAAAAAAUGGAAAACAUUUUCCUUUGAUGAAAGACUCAACUAUUUAAAGUGCGUGGAAGAGCACAAAGGUACUCGUGUUUCACUCGCUGAGAGGUUAGGCAUGCCAAUUUCAACUCUGAACACAAUUGUGAAAAAUCGUGAAAUGAUUGAAGAAAAUGCAUCUCAGUGUGAUGGUUUUUCUAAGGAGAGAAAAUACAUUCAUGCAUCAAAAUGAGGAACUUGAAGUACUUUUGAAGGAAUAGUUUGUGGGUGCAAGGGCCUCGAAUGUACCCAUUCAUUAUUUUUUGAGAAAUCUUGCUGUUUUUUUUCUUUGAAAAAUAUAACUUUUGCCUUAUGUUUUGUGAUAUUUUUGAUAAUAUUCUUAACCUGUAAAUGUCAUGUUAUUAUGAAUUGCUAUUUUAUGUAUGAAAGUAUGUAGGUACGUACAUAGACUGUAUGCUUACCUAUACACACUACAGAUGUAAAUAUGGGACUUGUGUAUAAUUAUUCUUUUUAGAUAUGCCUCAGACACUCAUAAUGAAUAAUUAGGUGUAUAUCAGAGUACAAAAUAUUUUUAGGUCAUAUAAUAUCACAGUUCUGAGCAAAAGAAGGAUUUUUCAUACAUUUCUCUUAUUUUACACUUUCCCGCAUUUUACAACAUUUUCAGACACCCUCUUCAAUAGAGUAAGAAAGGGAUUCUACUGUAUUCAGAACCAUUUCACUACUGUCUCGAAAUAACUAACUGAAAAAAUUUAAUGGACUAUUCAAAACACAGUUUAUUUGUGACAUUUCAAAAACGGUUUUUGACUAUGUGAUGCUGCUAAAACAACUAAUCUGGGUAUUUAUAUAGUACAAAUUACAUACUUAACAUCAACAGAGAAUUUUAAUAUAGUAAUGCCCAAGGUAUGUUAAAUAUUCAUAGCCAACAAAAAUUCAUAUUUUAAAAGUGUUAGUAUUCACAGCUGAAACAAAUGCAAAAAAUGAAUUAUUCAUAAUUGAAAAUUCAAAUAUUUGCACCAGCCUUACGAGGGUGCUAAUUGGAACCAUACCUUGGACAAUGUCUUGAACGACAUGAAUGCUGUAGUUUUCAACUGAAUAAACAUUGAUAGUCACAAUCAAUCUACCUUCAUGCAACACAUUAGCAGCUUACUUGCUGUAUUUAUCUAUGACAAAACAGACACACCUAAAAAAAAUAAUAAUAAUAGUCAAAUUUAAAUAAUGGUUUGGAUUCCAGAGAAACUAGCAGAAAAUGUGUUUGUAUAUUGCUGAACUAAAAUGCAGUUUACCUGGCUGCUGUUAACAAUUCAAACAUUUGAAUAUCUUAGGUUUAAAAAUGUAAGAACGAGCUCAUUUUAUCACUGAUUGGAAAAUUCAACAUUUAAAAAAAUGUAUUAAUGUUUUUCUUUAAAUGAAUAGAUUUGCACAGGCCUAACUCAUGCAAAUUUAUCAAUCUGGUCACAUUAAAAGAGCAUUCAACAUAAUUUGGCAAAAUGUUACUUAGACAUUAGAUAGCAACAUAAUGUAUUACAGAGCACUAAUGCUGUGUUGUUGUCACCAGAACAGAUUAGUCACUCAAGAUUAUUUUUCUCUCAGAGUUGUCAGUCAACUAUCCAGAACCUUCUCUCAUAGUGAUUAUACCCCUCUUCAUAUUGUUAUCUACACACACUUUGUACUACAUAAUCAGUUAUCUUCAGAAGCAAGAACUGUUUUUCUUCAGUGCCAGCAAUGAUAGCUUCUUCAAACUUUCUUAUUUGCCUGUACAGUGUGUGAUCCACACACUAUACUCGUGUGAUGUUUCAUAGAUGCUACAUCUUCAUGUUGUCUGCUAAACAUGCAGUUCAUGUACAUUGUGUCAUUAUGUGGUGUUCGAGUAUCACUAUAUGUAUACAAGUGACAUCAGAAAGAUAUUCCUGUCAUUACCAUUUUCUAAAGGAACACACAGUUUGUGCAAAAGCCUAAAGGAAUAGUUUGUCUUUUUCUUGUUGUUCUAUGUUAUGAAUACAAAUAAAUAACACUUUAUUUAUUUUAAAGUGUAAGUGAAAGAAA